AUGGUGUGCGCAAAUCCUCUGGCCCUAAAUUCCGCCAGUUUUCAAUGGUACUCCUACACCAACGCCCUAAUCUACAUUCUAGUCUUCUUGAUCUACCUCUCCGUCUGGAUCUUGCUGAAAAAAUCCGAAAAAUCCAACUCAAACACCAAACUCCGAAUGGUGUUCCGAAGUAUAUCGGUGACCGUCGGAUUUGUGUUGAUGGGUUGGGCUAUCACCACCACAGCCAACAGCCUAUCAUACACAAUCAGCGCCGAUGUGGCAACGAUUCAGCUGAUUCAGGAAUAUUCGGGAAUCGCUGUGAAUAUUGCCGCGGCCUCGAAUGUCUUUGUGUUCUACGCGAUUAAUCAGGAGUAUCGAGAGGCUAUUCGUGCGAUCUUCGGGUUUUCUGGGAGCAAUCCGAAGAUUUUGGCUCAGGAACCUUCUACAACACAUCAACAUCAACAUCUACAGAGAAGAAUGAUGUGUCGGCUAAUUUGUGAACAUUUUUUGCGUGAAAAAAAGUGA